AGCUCCAUCUGAACUUCUCGCAGACCAGUCCCCUCUUCAGUGGAGCGCAUCGCGGAGCUCAACAGGAGGACACCGGAGCCAGGAGGACACCAGGAGCGGAGCAGCUGCCGAGGCGAUCUCUCCUCGCCAUGGUUGGCUGUGCGUAAAAACGCACUCGAUUCCGUUCGGCUCCGAUCAUACGAGACUCGCCCAGGCAGGUCCGUUUCUCCUCCCCCCCCACCCCCCCCGGUCUGGAACAUCUUCCACCAUCAGAUCAGCAUCAGGGUUCGAGAUGACCGAGGAGAAUGACCCCUCCCUCGGCCACCCUCCCUGCAGUCCUUCUGGAACCGCGAGCUCCGCGUCUCAGCAGGACUCGGACUCGGACGCGCCCUCCUCGCCCCCGGGCGCCAAGAAGCCCGGCGGCGGCGGCGACGAGGACGAGCGCUUCCCCGCGUGCAUCCGCGACGCCGUUUCCCAGGUGCUCAAGGGGUACGACUGGUCCCUGGUGCCGGUGCCCGCGCGCGGCGGCCCCGGCGCGUCCCUCAAGAGCAAGCCGCACGUGAAGCGGCCCAUGAACGCGUUCAUGGUGUGGGCGCAGGCGGCGCGCAGGAAGCUCGCGGACCAGUACCCGCACCUGCACAACGCCGAGCUCAGCAAGACCCUGGGCAAGCUCUGGAGGCUGCUGUCGGAAAACGAGAAGCGGCCGUUUGUGGACGAAGCCGAAAGACUGAGGGUCCAGCACAAGAAGGACCACCCGGAUUACAAAUACCAGCCGCGUCGGAGGAAAAACACCAAGACAGGGCAGAGCGACUCGGACUCCAGCGCCGAGAUGAACCACCACCACCACCCGCCGGGACAGAUGUACAAAGCUGAGACCGCUCUGGGCAGGCUCGGAGGCCUAGGAGAUGGACGCCACCACUCGGACCACACAGGUCAAGCCCACGGACCCCCGACUCCUCCGACGACUCCGAAAACGGACCUGAACUACGCGGGGAAACAGGACCUCAAGUACGACGGCCGACGCCUCGCGGACAGCAGCCGGCAGAACAUAGACUUCAGCAACGUGGACAUCUCGGAGCUCAGCACCGACGUCAUCAGCAACAUGGAGGCCUUCGACGUCCACGAGUUCGACCAGUACCUGCCCCCAAACAGCCACGCGACGGGCGUCGCCGCGGCCGCGCCGGCAGGGCCGUCCUCCGAGCAGGUUCAAGGACAGAGCCCGGCCGGAGGCUCCCCCUACGGCGCCUCGUACGGCCACUCGAGCGGCGCGGCGUGGAGCCACAAGACGGCCGCGUCCCCUUCCCCCGGCGCCGACGGCGAGGCCGGGCAGCAGAGGCCUCACAUCAAAACGGAGCAGCUGAGCCCGAGCCACUACAGCGAGCGCGUCCACGAGUCUCCCUCGCACCCCGAAUACGGCUCCUACGGCGCCCAGGCCUGCUUGAGCUCGUCGGUGGCCGCGCCCUUCUCCGGCGGCCCCUGCGACUACGCAGACCUCCAGGGCUCCACGUACUAUAGCCCCUAUUCCAGCUACCCGUCCGGCAUCUACCAGUACCCGUACUUCCAUCCGUCUCGCCGGCCCUACGCCACUCCCAUCCUCAACAGCCUGUCGGUGCCGUCCGCUCACAGCCCCACGGCCUCCUGGGAGCAGCCUGUGUACACCACCCUUACCAGGCCUUAAUGAGCCCCACACAAAAGAGCGCUCCGGUCUUCGGUCACCGCAUCUCCCGGACCCGCCAGCGUCCUCUAGUAUUUCUGCACUAAUCACGGAAUAGAAUUAUGUAAUAGCUAUUACAUAAGCGUUAAAAGAAGGAAAAAAGAAGUGCCUGCUGAUUUUGUAUAAGAAUCAAAUCACUCUGACUUUCUUCGCCUUUAACCGCUUCUUUCGCGGAUGUAUAACUGCGUCGUUUUUAAAUGAAGGCGUCCUUUUUACGCACCUGGACCGAACUCAUAGGUACUCCGCACGUGUCCGUACCUGGGUGCACCUGGAGGGGGAUUCCUUUUAAAAUACUGGACAAUGCAGGGGACACUGGUGUUCCACGUCUGGCAGUGAAACUGGUGGCAAAUACAUUUG